GCUACACUUAUCUUCUUCACAGAGAUUCUCCUCAGGCAUCUCCCUUCAUCUCCAUCGUCUCCACUAAGGUUUAAGAAGUUAGUUAGAAGAAGAAGAAGAUGUCUCGUUUCUUCGCUCAGGGCGGUAGCGACAGCGAGGAUGAGAGCGAUAUCGAGGAGGAGAUCCAGGAGGUUCAAAACACCGACAUCAACAACCGUUACCUCCAAGAUAACAGCGACGACGACGACGACACCGAUACCAAACGAAUCAUCAAGCCGACGAAGGACAAGCGUUUCGAGGAGAUGACACACACGGUUGAGCAGAUGAAGAACGCUAUGAAGAUCAACGACUGGGUCAGCCUCCAGGAGAAUUUCGAUAAAGUGAACAAACAGCUCGAGAAAGUCAUGAGGAUCACCGAGGCUGUUAAGCCUCCUGUUUUGUACAUCAAGACGCUUGUGAUGCUUGAGGAUUUCUUGAACGAGGCUUUGGCUAAUAAGGAGGCGAAGAAGAAGAUGAGUCCUAGUAACUCCAAGGCGUUGAAUGCGAUGAGGCAGAAGUUGAAGAAGAAUAAUAAGAAUUAUGAGGAGGAGAUUAGUAAGUAUAGAGAGGCUCCUGAAGUUGAGGAGGAGGAGAAGGGAGAGGAUGAUGAGGAGGAUGAUGAUGAGGAGGAUGAGAGUGAGGAUGAGGAUGAGGAUGGGAAAGAGGAGGGGAGUGAUGAUGAGGAGGUUGAGGAGAGUAGUGAUACUCGUUGGGAGACUAUGCUUAACAAGAAAGAUAAGCAGAUGGAGAAGCUGCUUAGUAAAGAUCCUAAGGAGAUUACUUGGGAAUGGGUUAACCAGAAGUUUAAAGAGAUUAUGGCUGCUCGUGGGAGGAAAGGGACUGCUAGAUUUGAUUUAGUUGAUCAGCUUACUCACUUGACUAAGAUUGCGAAGACUCCUGCGCAGAAGCUUGAGAUUUUGUUUAGCGUUAUCUCUGCACAGUUUGAUGUGAAUCCGGGUCUUAGUGGACACAUGCCUAUCAAGGUCUGGAAGAAAUGCGUUGUCAACAUGCUUACCAUACUUGACAUUCUUGUUAAGUACAAUAACAUUGUUGUGGACGACUCGAUUGAGCCUGAUGAGAAUGAGACUUCGAAGCCAGCGGAUUAUGAUGGAACGAUUCGUGUCUGGGGAAAUUUGGUUGCGUUUAUUGAGAGGAUUGACACUGAGUUUUUCAAGAGUUUGCAGUCUAUUGAUCCUCACACACGUGAGUAUGUUGAGAGACUGAGGGAUGAGCCCAUGUUCUUGGCUCUUGCUCAGAACAUCCAGGACUACUUUGAGCGGAUGGGUGAUUACAAAUCUGCUGCGAAGGUAGCUUUGAGACGAGUUGAGUCGAUAUACUACAAACCCCAGGAAGUUUAUGAGGCUAUGAGGAAACUGGCUGAGUUGGUUGAAGAAGAUGAAGAAGCUGAGGAUGCCGAAGAGGAAAGUGGACCUGUUUCUUCAUUCAUUGUUGUUCCAGAGGUUGUUCCUCGUAAGCCUACCUUCCCAGAGAGCGGCCGAGCAAUGAUGGAUCUUCUUGUGUCCCUUAUCUACAGAAAUGGAGAUGAGAGGACCAAGGCCCGUGCAAUGCUUUGUGACAUCUAUCACCAUGCUUUGAUGGACAACUUUGGGACUGCUAGAGACUUGUUGCUAAUGAGUCAUCUCCAAGACAACAUUCAGCACAUGGACAUCUCAACGCAGAUUCUCUUUAACAGGACCAUGGCUCAGCUUGGUCUUUGUGCCUUCCGUGUUGGAAUGAUCACUGAAUCCCAUAGCUGUCUCUCCGAGCUGUACUCUGGUCAGAGAGUGAGGGAGUUGCUUGCUCAAGGUGUCUCGCAAAGUCGAUACCAUGAGAAGACACCCGAACAGGAAAGGCUGGAGAGGAGAAGACAAAUGCCAUACCACAUGCACAUAAACCUCGAGCUUCUGGAGGCUGUUCACCUCAUCGGUGCCAUGCUACUUGAAGUCCCAAACAUGGCAGCUAACUCGCUUGAAGCCAGACGCAGAGUGAUCAGCAAGAAUUUCCGUCGUCUGCUUGAGAUCAGCGAGAGGCAAGCAUUCAACGCACCACCGGAGAAUGUACGUGAUCACGUCAUGGCAGCCACCAGAGCCCUGACCAAAGGAGAUUUCCAGACCGCGUUUGAAGUACUGAACUCUCUUGAAGUCUGGAGAAUGCUCAAGAACCGUGACAGCAUCCUCGAAAUGGUCAAAGCUAGGAUCAAAGAAGAGGCUCUGAGGACUUAUCUCUUCACAUACUCUAGCUCCUACGAGUCCCUAAGCCUUGAACAGCUGGCUAAGAUGUUUGAUGUCACUGAAGCACAGGUUCACAGCAUUGUGAGCAAGAUGAUGAUCAACGAAGAGCUUCACGCAAGCUGGGACCAACCAACACGAUGCAUUGUCUUCCAUGAAGUGCAACACAGCAGAUUACAGUCAUUAGCUUUCCAGCUAACCGAGAAACUCUCGGUUUUGGCAGAGAGUAACGAAAGGGCGAUGGAAGCAAGAACCGGUGGAGGUGGUCUUGAUCUGAGCUCGAGGAGAAGAGACAACAACCAGGACUAUGCAGCAUCAGGUGGUGGUGGGAAAUGGCAGGACAACAACAUGAAUUCUGGGUAUGGAGGAAGACAAGGUAACAACAGAUCUGGAUAUGGAGGAAGACCAGGACAGUCUAGAGACUGGUCGGGUCAGAACAGAGGAGGAGGAUAUGCAGCAAGAGCUGGCUCAGGUAACAGAGGUGGUGGUGGUAUGCAAAUGGAUGGCUCAACCCGUAUGGUGAGUCUUAACAGAGGUGUUCGUGCUUAAAGAAGUUGAGAAAUCUUCAGACAGUGUUUGAUCUUGGUCUCUUUUAAGACCUUUUUGUUAUUUAUAUUUUUGUUUGUCGUCUGUUAAAGUUUGGAUACUGUCUUUAAUAAGUUGCUUCAGAACUUUAAAUUACUUGUUCUCAGAACUUAUUUCAGAGUUUUUUAAAUUUCUUCUGUUAUAAAUUAUCAGAAAUUUUUGAUAGAUAUUUUAC